UCGUUUUUGUUCAUCCACAGAGGCUUCAGUUCUCUGCUGCACAGAACUAAGGGAAGACGCUUCCACUCAAACUUUGCUCCGACUCACGUCUGAGGACUUUUUGGACCACGGCAUGACAUUCAAUCCAGAGCAGAUCACUUGCGUGUGUGAGGUCCUGCUACAGAGCGGCUGCAUGGAUCGUCUCGCCGGCUUUCUCUGCACUCUUCCUCCCUCCUCCUCCUCCUCCUCCUCCUCGUGCCCCGGGGAGUUGGAGAGCGUGCUGAAAGCCAAAGCCGCAGUGGCCUUUCACCAGGGGCGAUUCUCAGACCUCUACACCCUGCUGGAGGGCUUCCCCUUCUCCCCACGCAGCCACCCGCUCCUGCAGCAACUCUGGCUGCGAGCCCACUACAUCGAGGCCGAGAGGCAGAGGGGCCGACCCCUGGGAGCUGUGGGGAAGUAUCGCGUGAGGAGAAAGUUUCCCCUACCCCAUACCAUCUGGGAUGGAGAAGAGACCAGCUACUGCUUCAAAGAGAAAUCUCGGAGUAUCCUCCGGGAGUGGUACCGUCUAAGGCCGUAUCCGUCCACCCGGGAGAAGCGGGAGCUCGCGGCGGCCAGCGGCCUCUCAACCGUCCAAGUCAGCAACUGGUUCAAGAACCGCAGACAGAGGGACCGAAGCACCACCACGGACGUUAGCGGUUUCCACGCACCAGGCUCUGGAGGACCUUUAGAUGAAGCCUACCUUUCCUCUGACCACGACCUUUCACCUCCAGGGAGCCCGCAGCCUCAGCACCACCGCCCUCCACCUCCACCUCCACCCCUCUUUCACCCACCACCUCCUCUACAUCACAAGUGUGGGGGCCAUUCAAACGUCUAAUUUAACAUACUCUAAUGUAAAGUCAAUUUUAUUAACCAAAACCGGACUUUACAGACACUGCACUGUGACUCGAACAAAUAUACAGAACACCAUAAAUGACAGACAUUAAAGGUAAGACUCAUAUGGCUGGAUCCAGUUCAACAGAUGAGUUCACAGAUGUGAUGUAAAACCCUGCAGUAGAUCUCCGCUCCAUCGCACUGAGACAUGUGUAACAAUUACAGUUUGUUGAAAAGGACCACGCUGCGAAGAUGUCACAGAAUUUAUCAGUGUUUUUGACGUCCCAGAAUGUCACAUAACUGUAAGAGAAACUGAAUAAAGUCAUUUUAACUUCA